CAGAUGGAGAUUGGCAAGAACAGGGCACAAAAAUUUCCUUUAAUUCCCAAAAGUGGGACCUUUUUCCAUGUAUAAAAUGAGGGGGAGAGGGAGCCCCAUGCUCAUCAUCAGUUCAUCCCAACUCACGUUUAUUUCAUUCAAUUGAUCUCCGUGUGCGUUUCUGAAGCAAUUGGAAAGAUCACCGGAGACAAUGUCUGAACGCGCCUUGGCUCGUGCCCAGAGUGUUCGGGAGCGCAUCGGCGACUCCCUUUCGUCCCGCCCUAACGAACUCAUCGCGCUCUUCUCAAGGUUCAUUAGUCAGGGAAAGGGAAUGCUUCAACCUCACCAGCUGCUGGCUGAAUACGAAGCUGCAUUCUCGGAAGCCGAUAAAGCAAAGCUGAAGGACGGAUCAUUCGAAGAUGUUAUCAAGGCUGCACAGGAAGCCAUAGUCAUUCCUCCAUGGGUCGCUUUAGCUAUACGGCCGCGGCCAGGAGUCUGGGAGUACGUUCGGGUGACCAUAAGUGAGCUCGCCGUGGAGGAAUUGACUGUGCCCGAGUACCUGCAUUUCAAGGAGCAACUUGUUGAAGAAAAUGGACAGAAUGAUGACUUUGUCUUGGAGUUGGAUUUUGAGCCCUUCAAUGCUUCGUUCCCUCGUCCCUCGCUAUCUAAGUCGAUUGGCAACGGCGUGCAGUUCCUUAAUCGACACCUUUCCUCAAAGUUGUUCCAGGACAAAGAAAGCCUUUAUCCCUUGCUGAAUUUCCUCCGGAAGCACAAUUACAAGGGCACGUCGAUGAUGCUGAACGACAGAAUUCAAAGUCUUGGUGCCCUUCAAGCUUCACUAAGGAAGGCAGAGCAAUAUCUUCUGAGUAUCCCAUCAGACACUCCAUACUCCCAAUUCAAUCACCGAUUCCAAGAGCUUGGACUAGAAAAGGGAUGGGGAGACACGGCUCAGCGCGUGCAUCAAAACAUCCAAUUACUUCUUGAUCUUAUGGAGGCACCGGAUCCCUGCACCUUGGAGAAUUUCCUUGGAAUCAUUCCGAUGGUGUUCAACGUCGUAAUCCUUUCUCCGCAUGGCUACUUCGCGCAAGCUAAUGUCUUGGGGUAUCCCGACACUGGUGGUCAGGUUGUUUACAUUCUGGAUCAAGUCCGUGCCUUGGAGAAUGAAAUGCUGCUCAGGAUCAAGCAGCAAGGACUCGACAUCACACCUAGAAUUCUCAUUGUGACCAGAUUGCUUCCUGAUGCAGCAGGCACUACUUGCGGACAGAGACUUGAGAAAGUUCUUGGAACCGAGCACACUCACAUUCUUCGAGUCCCAUUUAGAAGUGGGAAUGGAAUUGUUCGCAAAUGGAUCUCUCGUUUUGAAGUAUGGCCUUUCCUAGAGACCUACACUGAGGACGUCGCAAAUGAGUUGGCAGGAGAGCUGCAAGCAAUCCCUGACCUGAUCAUUGGGAACUACAGCGAUGGCAAUCUAGUCUCCACUUUGCUGGCACACAAAUUAGGAGUAACUCAGUGCACCAUCGCCCAUGCACUGGAGAAAACCAAGUAUCCUAACUCAGACAUUUACUGGAAGAAGUUUGAGAAUCAGUAUCACUUCUCUUGUCAGUUCACAGCUGAUUUGAUCGCCAUGAAUCAUGCUGACUUUAUCAUCACUAGCACCUUCCAGGAGAUUGCCGGAAGCAAGGAAACUGUUGGGCAGUACGAAACUCACACUGCCUUUACUAUGCCUGGGCUCUACCGAGUCGUUCACGGAAUCGACGUCUUUGAUCCAAAGUUUAACAUUGUCUCCCCUGGAGCCGACAUGUCCAUCUACUUCCCGUGCUCGGAGACGAGCAAGAGACUCACUUCUCUCCACCCUGAGAUCGAGGAACUGCUCUUCCAUCCGGAAGACAACACUGAGCACAAGGGCAUGCUUAAGGACACCAAGAAACCCAUUAUCUUCUCCAUGGCGAGGCUGGACCGAGUAAAGAACCUGACAGGCUUGGUCGAGUUCUAUGGCCGAAAUGAACGCUUGAAGGAGCUGGUGAACCUUGUGGUCGUGUGCGGAGACCACGGAAAAGAAUCCAAGGACAAGGAGGAACAGGCGGAGUUCAAGAAGAUGUACGAUUUGAUCGAACAGUACGACCUCCACGGACACAUUCGCUGGAUCUCCGCGCAGAUGAACCGUGUCCGCAAUGGCGAGCUCUACCGAUACAUCGCUGACACAAAAGGAGCUUUUGUUCAACCUGCCUUCUACGAAGCCUUCGGACUCACGGUCGUCGAAGCCAUGACUUGUGGUCUGCCGACGUUUGCGACUGUUCAUGGAGGACCCGGAGAGAUUAUUGUAAAUGGAGUAUCAGGCUUCCACAUUGAUCCUUACCAGGGCGACAAGGCUUCUGAGAUCAUUGUAAAUUUCUUUGACAAGUGCAAGGAAGACCCGUCUCACUGGGAAAAAAUCUCGCAAGGAGGGUUACGAAGAAUCGAAGAGAAGUACACAUGGAAGCUCUACUCAGAGAGACUGAUGACACUGUCCGGAGUCUAUGGUUUCUGGAAGUACGUCUCCAAUCUCGAUAGGCGUGAAACUCGUCGAUAUCUCGAGAUGUUUUACGCUCUCAAAUAUCGCAAUUUGGCUGAGUCUGUUCCUCUUGCAGUUGAUGGAGAAGCUGCUGUUAAUGGCAGCAAGUAGUUCCAUCUUGCAUCUAUCUGGGUUGGUUUGUUUGGAUUUCUCAAACUUAAGGAAGAGGCUAGCUUUAUUAGAUCAAUAGUUUCCUUAAUCUGUGCAAGGUCAUUGGUGGGGUGGGGGGAGUUAUUGUCUUUGAAGUUAUCAAAAUGUUGUCUUACACACUGUUGUGGUUGUGCUGCAAUAAAGUAGCUUCCUUUGUCACAAAAAACCUUCCAUUUAAUCCCCAUAAUUUACAUCAA